AUGUCCAAACCAUCGGAACAAAAAUCAUCAUCUCCGACUAUUGCCGCCACCACUGAUGAAAGUAAACAAUCACAGUGUGGAUGUAGUGGUCAUCAUCACCAUCAACAUCAUGAAAAACCACUCAAAUUAUUUUCCAUGUAUCCAGAGUUGGAAGAAGUGACCCCGAAGGAUGUUAGUAAAUCAGCACUUCAUGCCAUUUUGGUUGAUGAUAACAAAUUCCUUUGGAGUGGAUACAGAAAAUUACCAGUUAGUGAUUAUUGGAGAUCUUUUCUUUCCGUUUUUACACUCCAUAAUGAAACUAUUAAUAUUUGGAAUCACUUUAUACCAUCAUUGAUUUAUUGUGUUUUUGCUUUUUAUAUUAAUCAUUAUGUAACUGAGGCUAAUCCGAAUGCCAAGUUUUUGGAUAGAGCAAGUUUUAUCUUUUAUUGUGUUACUGGUAUUUUCACAUUUGGAUUCAGUGCAAUGUAUCACACUUGGAGAAUGAAUAGUAUUAAUGAUUAUCAUUUCUGUUUAUUGUGUGAUAUUAGAGGUAUUGUUGUACUUGUUUCAGGUGCCAAUGCUUUGAGUAUUACUUUGCAAAUUAAGGAUUAUGAAUAUUGGCAAUGGAUUUACUCUACUGUUAAUAUUGUUUUGGUUGUCUUUUUCAUCUUUUGGAUUAGAAAGAUGGUUAGAGAGAGAUUGACUAAUCAAAGAACAAUUUACUUUACCAUUUACAGUCUCAUUCCUUUAUUUACCUUGGUUCAUCGUUUCAUUUUGCAAUCAUCCUCAGUGAAUGAUUUCUAUAGUAUGAUCAAGUAUUGUAUCUUGCCAAGAUCAACUCACGAAUAUUUUGGAAUUUCUCAUGCCCAUGUUAAUUUGAAUAUUAAGGAUAUCAUGUGGCAAGAUAAUCACUCAACUAAUUCUUAUUUCCCUAAUGGAGUUUUGGAUGUUAAUUAUGAAUUAGUUCAACUUUUCAUUGUCAAUUAUUUACUUUUAGGUCUUGGAAUGUUCAUCAGAGGUUACAAGGCACCAGAAAGAUGGAUUCCUUACAAAUUUGAUUUAUUUGGAGCUAGUCAUCAAAUCUUCCAUUUCAUGUCAGUUUAUGCCAGUUUUUUAGUAGUUCACGGAUUUUACAUUUUAUAUUCUCAAGGAGCUUUCCCAGAUCGUUUGUAA